AUGGAGAACCACUACUCAUACAUGCCAUGUGAUAGGAUGGAGUCAUUUAGGCUACGUAUCUCUGGUGAAUACUCCCUGUCGUCGCAGGGCAACGCCAUCGCCUGCGUCCUGUGGGAGGACUUCCUCAAAGAUCGAGCUCUCUUCCGCAAUUUCAGCGACCGGAAAGCCACCAACGUCAUCAAACUUCUCAUUACCGGCCUGAUCGCCAUCGGCGUCGGCCUCCUGGCGGGGAAACUUGGGACCAUCAACUACGUUCUGUCUCUCAUCAGCGCAGCCGUCCGUGGGCCCCUGUGCGGGCUCUUCUUGGUAGGCCUGUGCGCCCCCUGGGCCAACACCAAAGGAGCAGCGGUAGGUUUGUCGGUCUCUCUUGUCGUCAACAUUUGGAUGGUGAUCGGAAGGUACUUCGUGAGUGGCAAAAAACCUGUGCGUCUCCUGCUGUCUGUUGAGGGCUGCCCCCAGGAGACCAUGGAAGGAAUACUCAACACCACCGUCAGCGUCCCCGCCAACGCCACCUUAACUAUUGCCACAGACACAACCGCAGCACCAGCGGAAGUGGCAAGAAAUACCAUCUACGACAUUUCCUAUUGUUAUAAUGGUGGCAUCGGAAUCUUACUCAACUACGUAGUCAGCAGUCUCGUUUCCUUCUGUAAUGGGCCUUAUUUGCCCGGAGAAAUCGAGGAGCACUUGGUCUACACGCCCUGCCUUCGCUUGCAUCGGUCUGUGUACCGGCUGCUUGGCGGGCGGGGGCGGCUCCGACACAAAGCCGGCAAAAAGCCCGAAGCCCAGGAGGAGGAGGCGGUGGGAAUGUUGCCGACUCAGUGA